CAGCGGGGGAGCGGGGUCCGCACGGGCGCCCCCAGCCUCCGCCCGCCAUGGGCUCCCGCUGGAGCAGCGACGAGGAGCGGCGGCCGCUGCUGGGCCCGAGCGGGCCGUCGGGGGCCGGGGCGGCCCGGGGUCCCGGGGGUCCCGGGGGUCCCGGGGGUCCCGGGGGUCCCGGGCCGCCGAGCGGGCGACGGUGGCUCGUGCUGCUGCUGUUCUCGCUGCUGGCCUUCGCGCAGGGGCUGGUGUGGAACACGUGGGGGCCCAUCCAGAACUCGGCCCGCCGCGCCUACGGCUUCUCCGGCUGGGACGUCGCGCUGCUGGUGCUCUGGGGGCCCAUCGGCUUCCUGCCCUGCCUCGCCUUCAUGUGGCUGCUCGACACGCGCGGCCUCCGGGUGACCGUGCUGAUCUCCUCCUUCCUCAUGGUGGUGGGGACCGGCCUCCGCUGUCUACCCGUGGACGAUUUGGCCCUGAAAAGGAGGCUGAUCCACUGUGGGCAGCUGUUGAACGGGCUGGCAGGCCCCACGGUGACCAAUGCCGCCCCCUUCCUGUCCACCACCUGGUUCUCGGCGGACGAGCGGGCCACGGCCACGGCCAUUGCGUCGAUGCUCAGCUACCUCGGGGGAGCCGGCGCCUUCCUGGUCGGCCCCCUGGCAGUCCCGGCCCCCAACGGCACAGCCCACCUCCUGGCCGCUGAAGCGGGCCCGAACCACAUCCGGGAGCGCAUCGAGAUGGUGCUGGAUGCAGAGUUUGCGUUCGUGUGUCUGAUCUUCUUGGCGUCAGUGGCCUGUUUCCCGUCGCGCCCCCCAUUCCCACCCAGCGUGGCGGCAGCCAGUCAGCGCCUCAGCUACCGACGCAGCUUCUGCCGCCUGCUCAGCAAUCUGAGGUUCCUGAUGAUCGCUCUGGCCUACGCCAUUCCUCUCGGAGUCUUUGCUGGCUGGUCUGGGGUCCUGGACUUGAUCCUGACCCCGGUGCAUGUCAGCCAGGUGGAUGCCGGCUGGAUCGGCUUCUGGUCCAUCGUUGGCGGCUGCGUGGUUGGCAUAGCCAUUGCACGGUUCGCAGACUCGAUCCGUGGGAUGCUGAAGCUCCUCCUUCUCCUGCUGUUCUCUGGUGCCUCCUUGGCGUCCACGUGGUUCACCUUGACCUGUCUGAACAGCGUCACUCACCUGCCUUUGACCACAGCGACCCUAUACACAUCCUGCAUCCUCCUGGGCGUCUUCCUGAACAGCAGCGUUCCCAUCUUCUUCGAGCUCUUCGUGGAGACCGUGUACCCGGUCCCUGAGGGUAUCACGUGUGGCGCUGUCACGUUUCUCAGCAACAUGUUCAUGGGCACUCUGCUCUUCUUCCUCACCUUCUAUCACACAGACCUAUCGUGGUUCAACUGGUGUCUGCCCGGCUCCUGCAUACUCAGCCUACUUCUCAUCCUCGGCUUCCGGGAGUCCUACGAUCGCCUCUAUCUGGACGUCGUGGUAUCAGUUUGACCAUCUGCCCCCUGCCGCCCGGCGCUCACCCAGACCCGGAGACCCACUGCAGCGGCUCCUCCUUGCCGGCGGCUGGGUCCGGGCAACAGGACGGUCAUGUGGGUGGAGGGGCAGGGCCUGGACUAAGAGUCGGGGCUUGAGCAGAUGGGCCGGCCCCUGGCAGAGGGCCCUGGGCAGAGGAAUGGAGCCAGGCGGAGGGUUGGGGCCUUGGUAUGGUGGGGGGUAGGGGCAGAGGAGCGGGGCUUUGGCACGGCAAAGGGUGGGGAGGGGAGGCCUUGGCACAGUAAAGGGGUGGGCAUUGGUGUAACUGCGGGUAGAGGGGGCAGUCGACGUAGCGGCAGACGAAGGAACUUUAUUUUUGCACUAUCGGGCUCCGGCUUGUAAGGGGGAAGUGGUGUGGACGACAGGAAGCAGGUUUUUAAUCAAAAAUCAGUAGGCCGGUCCCCAGCCCAGCCUCGGCACUGACUGUGCUCCAGCCGGUGGUGCCCUCGCCUCAGAGAAGCGGGAUCGUGGCAAGACCAGGAUCCUGGCCCGGAGCGCACAUCCAUGGGGCAGGGAAGGGGAUUGGGAAAGGAGGAGAAGGAGGAGAAAAGACGCGGAAGUUUUUAAUGGUUUUAAAUUGUGGGCCCGGUUUUCACGGCAAGAUGUUGGCGUGCAAGCGGACCGACCGUGGCAGGCAGGUCCCUGCAUCCGGCAUUCUCUAAUAAAGCCAUUUUGGGUUCCCUGCCCUCCUCCUG